AUGGAGACUACCGAUUUAAAAAAUUUCUUGUCACUGAUAGAGGGAUCCAGUUCACCCUUUCUGCAUAGAAAAAAAUUUGAAAGUGGAAACGAUUUUAAUAUAUCCGAGUUAGUUCACGUUCAGGUUCAUGCUGACCAUCCCGGUAAGAUGUUUUGUAAGGACACAUUCAAUGGAGAUUCCGAGGUUUUGGAUUUGAAUCGUAUUUCACGAAGAUCGGUCAUCUUUCCUGAAGAAAUUCCUUUGAUCAGAGUUGGACCUAAGCCCAUAUCAGAUAAAAAAUACGAAGACCUCCAAAAGCUAAUGCAAUGGGUACCAAAAAUGUACGACAACUUUUAUCAAAAUCUUCCUCAAACUGGGAACAAUGUCAUUGACGGAUAG